UAAAUUGACUAUAUAUCAUGUUAUAGUUGCACUAAGGAAAACCAGAACAUCGAAAGAAAUUUGAAGUGGUGAUCCAACUGCCCAACUACAUAGUCCGUUCUUCGCUCAGCCAUGGCGAGCUUCAUGGAACCCCGAAUGUGGGUUUUCGUGGCUCUCGUCUCCGCCUUCGCUGUCACGGCGAAUCCUGACCUCCCACCGUGGGGAUAUUGGAAGCCCGACCUGUAUUACUCACCACCAUAUAUUCCUUAUAUCUACAGCUCACCGCCGCCGCCACCUUACAAGUAUGAAUCCCCUCCGCCGCCGCCUUAUAAAUAUGAGUCACCUCCACCACCUCCUUACAAAUACAAAUCACCACCACCACCUCCUUACAAGUACGAGUCACCGCCGCCACCCCCUUACAAAUAUGAAUCACCUCCACCCCCACCUUACAAGUACGAGUCACCACCGCCACCCCCUUACAAAUAUGAAUCACCUCCGCCCCCACCUUACAAGUACGAGUCACCACCGCCACCUCCUUAUGUCUACAAGUCUCCACCACCACCCCCUUACAAGUAUGAGUCACCUCCACCACCACCUUACAAAUACGAGUCACCUCCACCACCCCCUUACAAAUAUGAAUCACCUCCGCCCCCACCUUACAAGUACGAGUCACCACCACCACCUCCUUACAAGUACGAGUCACCACCGCCACCUCCUUAUGUCUACAAGUCUCCACCACCACCACCUUACAAGUACGAGUCACCACCGCCACCUCCUUAUGCCUACAAGUCUCCACCACCACCCCCUUACAAGUAUGAGUCACCUCCGCCCCCACCUUACAAGUACGAGUCACCACCACCUCCUCCUUAUGUCUACAAGUCUCCACCACCACCACCUUACAAGUAUGAGUCUCCACCGCCUCCUCCAUAUCUUUACAAAUCCCCACCACCACCUCCUUAUAAAUAUGAAUCACCCCCACCUCCACCUUACAAAUAUGAGUCGCCGCCACCUCCUCCAUAUGUAUACAAGUCUCCUCCACCACCACCUUACAAGUAUGAAUCACCACCACCUCCUCCCUAUGUCUACAAAUCCCCACCACCACCACCACCUUACAAAUACGAGUCUCCUCCACCUCUACCGUACAAAUACGAGUCUCCCCCACCUCCACCGUACAUAUAUAAAUCUCCACCGCCACCUCCUUAUAAAUACGAAUCACCACCACCCCCUCCAUAUAUCUACAAAUCUCCACCACCACCACCUUACAAAUACGAGUCACCACCACCCCCACCCUAUAAGUAUGAGUCACCCCCACCCCCACCCUAUAAGUAUGAGUCACCACCACCUCCUCUAUAUGUGUACAAGUCACCACCACCACCGGCAUAUCUUUACACAUCACCACCUCCACCAUAUCACUACUAAUCACCCCACCCUACACCCACCAUAUAAUUAUUAUCCACAAAAACCAUCAAGAUUGCAUUAAAUAAACCCUGGUUCUUUUUUUUCACUUCAUCAUAAGUACUGUUAAAGAAUAAAGUUCUUCUCUCUCUUCUAUUACCCAUAAUGCUCAGCAUCUUGCCAAGAAGGAGUUGCGGACUAAAAAGGAGUCAAAUGAUCCAUGGAUGCCAAUCUCUCUCUUUGAUCUUCAAUGUAUUUUAUGUUUCUUCAUGUAUUUUAUAUAUUAAUGGAAAGUUAUUUAUUUUGAACGAUA